AUGUUCAACCUCUUCGGCAUGAGACCUGGUAAUGGGAGUCCAGGGGAGAUGCCGGCUGAGCCGCUUCCACCACUCCAAGCUGCGGUUGAUGCAGAUGCAGUGGAUACUGUACGUGAACUAGUGUCCACAGCAAAGCCUGCUGAUCUCACUGCGGCUCUGUGUCGAUCUUGCCAAUAUGGCAAAACAGCUGUUGCUCAGGCUCUGAUUGAAUCGGGUCGAUGCGAUCUCAAUGCAACCGUUGAUGGCGAUACACCUUUGUUCCUAGCUGCUAGGCGGCCUGAGCCUGCGAUUGUCAAAUUUUUGCUCCAACACGGCGCCGAUGCCACUAUCAAGUCUCUGAACAAAUCCAGGAGUCCAGCCGCUGCACAAAAGCCCCCAGCAUAUACUCCUCUUCAUGCAGUGGUGGACUUGCACCGCCGUCGAGGGGAGGUAGAUGUAUCUAGCCUUGAAGACCUUAUGCAGGUCUUGUUGGAUGCUGGGUGCGAUAUCAAUGCGCGUAACUUCCACGGUGAAACAGUGCUUUUAUCCUGUCUGCACCAAGAAGUGGCACUCGUGGAAUUUCUUCUACAGCGUGGCGCAGACCCUAAUGUCAUCAACGAAUCCGGCAACACUGCCUUGACAUAUUUUCAUAAACCUUUGCAAUACCCAGAAUGGUUCAAGGCUCUCAUGGAGCAUGGAACCCGUUUGGACAUCGGAGGGGACAGCGAAAGUGGGACUUGUUUACACGUCUUUGCAUCCAAGUGCCAACUUGGAGAUCUAUCCUUGUUCAAGCCUUACGUCUCGGAUUGGAAGCUCAUUGACGCCAAAGGCAACAGCAUUCUCCAUAUCGCCGCCAGAACGCAUCGCCAUGGGAGCGCAACUGUGAGUGAGCUUUUGAAGCUUGGCUUGGACGUGAACCAAAAGAACCACUCGGGCCAACAGCCAAUUCACAUGGUUCAAGGUUCAGGAGAGAAUCUGCGGGAUAUCCUUGACAUACUGUGUGCAGCUGGUGCAGACCUUGACGUAAAAGACUAUGACGGACGUACAGCGCUCACCGGGGCCAUGUACGGUAAUCCGCGAUAUAAUGCCCAUGAAUUGAUUCCAGAGCUUAUCAAACGUGGGGCCAACGUCAACGCGCGGGACCACAAAGGCAAUGGCGUUCUGUUCUACAUGAUUGAGCCAUAUAACUUUGGAUCUGAGAACGCGGAAUUCCUACUGGCACAAGGAGCGGAUCCGACCGUGGUUAAUUACGAAGGCGACAAUUUUCUGCACAAGAUGGCAGCCAACUUGUCUGGACAAACCUCGGAUGCAGCUAUCCUGACCAUGAUUAAGCUUCUUGAAAUGGGUACCUCUCCGAUUAAUGCCAACCACAAGGGCCAGACGCCGCUACAUGUGCUGUGUAGCCAGAUCUCUGAUCACCUUUUUGCGGCAUCCAAUGUGGGAGACAAAUACGCGAUCGAUCUCCUUUUAGACGCUGGUCUGCGUGACGUACUGAAUGUUCCUGACCAUCAGGGCAUUCUCCCCAUUCAUUUGGCAGCUUCAGUUUCAGAGAUUCUCGUUGGCAGACUGAUUUUCCACGGAGCUGAUACUACUGCUGCCACCAAAGAUGGGCGAAAUUUGUUGCACAUUGCGUCGAUGGCUCGCCAGAGUAACACUGUUGGAAUGCUGUUGGAUCAUUAUUCUUCCAAGGAUUUGACGUCUUUGAUCAGUGCCCAGUCGAAAGAUGGCCGAACACCCCUACAUUUGGCCUGUCUCUCUGGAAGAGUAGAGACAGUAAGUCUACUCAUCGCACAUGGGGCAGAUAUCCAUGUUGAAGACAAGAAUAAAAGGCUCCCGAUAGAUCUAUGUGCUCUGUCAUCUGCUGAAGACCAGCUUUGGCAGAAGGGUGAUGACCACGGGAACAUGUUUCACAAGGUCUCUGCAGCUGGAAUCCUGGUGGAUGACGACGAGCGACCGAGUAUACCCUCCCAGAACAAGCGAAAGCGCGAAGAUCACAAAAACUUUGGAUGGAAGGGAGAGAUUACCUCUGAGAGCGCUACUCUUGGAAUAACGCGGAUUGUUCGACUGCUGGUACAGCACGGUGCUCUUGUACCAAAAGUUCAAGAUAAGCAUCGUACUAGCCCAUUAUUUCAUGCGGUAUCAGAAGGGAAUGAGGAAAUGGCCGCAGAGCUUGACAGAUUAUCCAAGAUGAUGGGGAUUGAGCUUGAAAAAUAUCGGUCGCUCGAAACAGAGCGUUGCUUGCUGCGCUCGCGGCACCUCCUUGAGCUCUUCAAGGAGAGAUUCAAGUCUAACAUCAGCGACAAAGAUAUCAUGGAAAUGGUACUUCUCGGUCACGAUCAAGAUGUAGCCCAGGCUUUGGAGGAGAAUAUUAACCUCAUCGAAAACAAGUCCUCCCUCCAGCCAGUUCUGAUACUGCUUGCGAGAUGGGGAUAUCCGGAACUCUUCGAGCGACUCGGCCGCCUCAUGCUGGACAUCGAUCCGAAAUGGAUCAACAAGAGCGGCAAGUUAUUUCUAGGGGUCGGGGAUAUGUCUCCAUCCCUCUUAGCUGCUGCUCAGCGUGAUCUACCCAACUUGGAAGUAAUGAAGGUCAUGGUUGAAAAGUUCCAGGCGGAUGUCAAUAUUCGAUUCCAGGAUGGCAUGGGAGUCACACCGAAGGUCUAUUACAGCUCCACGAUGGCUCAAGCGAGGCAAUUCAAGCCGGGUGAUACAGUCCUCCAUUACCUGGCUCAAGGUAUACACUGGUGGCAUGAAAAGGCUAUUGAAUAUCUUCUACAGCAUGGUGCCGACCCCAAUGCCCGUGACGCUCAGGGCAAGACUCCUUUAUGUGUUGCUGUGAAACUAGGUGAACUAGCAGGCCAUCGACAGAUUGAAAUUGUUCGAAUCCUGCUUGAUGGUGGAGCCGACCCCAACCUUGCUGCGACAUGUGGCUUUACUCCACUUGCCAUGUCGACUCACAGCUCUCAGUUGUUCCAAAUGCUGAUUGAUAACGGAGCCUACCCAUCCGAGGAUCACCCCAUGGAGCUAUUUUCAGCGUUGUCCAACUUCAAAGACGACGUAGUUUCUGCUCUCUUGGGCAUGGAUCUUGACGUCAACACAACGACUCUAUCUGAUGCACAGCCGCACUGGCACACUCCUCGAAUCGGAAGACAUGGUCGGAAUAAGGGACACAUUCUGCGUCCUCUUCAAUACAUUUCCAUGUUGCCGUUCAACGAGUCCAACAGUCGAAAUCACGCAGUCCGAAUGAUCCGUCUUUUGCUGGAGUAUGGAGCGGAUCCAUUUCUUCACAACCGUAGCAAUACCCAGAACAACGACAAUACCCUUAUCUUGCAUGAGAUAAUUGCGGAUGGUAGCAUAAUCCAGCCUUGGUUGGAGCUGCCUGACCUCGACCUUGAACGACGUGAUCCCCGUGGGCAGACAUUACUGCUGGCUGCGGCAAGAUCCGACUUUGGUACCAACUCAUAUUCAUGCAAAGUGCCUCUCUUCCCUCACAGAGGUGGGAAUGUUGGAGCAAGUCCGUGGCAGGAGGGUGACUUAACGCGUGCCAUGGCCGUAUAUGACCUGGGAGCAGAACUCACCGCAGUCGAUAACCAAGGCAAUAACGUUUUGCAUAAUCUGGCUGGCAGAAAUUACAAUGAAAUGUCUGCCCAAGAGCAAUUCCGGCGAACGAUGGCCUUGUUCGUGGAAAAGGCUCCGGAGUUGAUGGAUCAGGUCAACUCUCUCGGUCAGACGCCUUUGUCAAUCGCCAAAGAUCGAAACAAUCAGUGGGCACUGGAUGUUCUGGAGAAGAAGGACUCUAUGGAGGAAUGA